AUGGUGGAUUUUCCAGGAUACAGUCUGUCAGGUGCAGUUGCCUCCUUCUUCUUUGUACUGCUCACCAUGAAGCACUCAGAUUACUUCAGAGUGAUUGGUCCUGCCCAUCCUAUUCUGGCCAGGGUUGGGGAAGAUGCCCUGCUAAGCUGUCAGCUCCUCCCCAAAAGGACUGCCAUGCACAUGGAGGUGAGCUGGUACCAUUUGGAGACCGGCACACCUGUGUUGCUUGCACGCCGGAAUGGAACUGAGGUGACCAAGGUGCAGAUGGAGGAGUACAGAAGCCGAGUAGAGUGGAUAGAGGAUGACAUCACCAAGGGAGGUGUGGCUCUGAAGAUGUACAACAUCCAACCAUCUGAUAACGGGCAGUACUGGUGCCGUUUCCAAGAGGGGAACUAUUGCGGAGAAACAAGCUUGCUGCUCAAAGUAGCAGGUCUGGGGGCUGCCCCUCACAUCCACAUGGAAGGAUGUAUGGAAAGCGGAGUCCAGCUUGUAUGCACUGCAAAGGGCUGGUUCCCAGAGCCCCACGUCUACUGGGAAGAUGUCACGGGAGAGAAGCUGCUGGCUGUCUCUGAGUAUCAAGUCCAAGAUGAAGAUGGCCUGUUCUACGUGGAAGCCACACUUACAGUCAGGAGUGCCUCUGCAGAGACUGUGUCCUGCUUCAUCCACAACCCCAUCCUCGCUGAGGAGAAGGGCUCAGUCAUCUCCAUCCCAGAGAAAGUCCAGACGGAGCUAGCUUCCUUAAAAGUGAUUGGACCUCCCCAGCCCAUCCUGGUCAGAGUGGGAGAAGACAUACAAUUAACCUGUUACCUGUCCCCCAAGGCUAAUGCACAGAGCAUGGAGGUGAGGUGGGUCCGAUCCCACCGUUAUCCUGCUGUUUAUCUGUAUGUGGAUGGGGACCAUGUGACUGGAGAGCAGAUGGCAGAGUAUAGAGGGAGGACAGCAUUGGUGACUGAUGCCAUCGAUGAGGGGAAACUGACCCUGCAGAUACACAGUGCCAGAACUUCAGACGAUGGGCAGUACCGCUGCCUUUUUGAAAAAGAUGGUGUCUACCAGGAAGCCAGUGUGGAUCUGAAGAUAGUAGGACUUGGUUCUUCCCCACUGAUCACCAUGGAGGGAAUGGAAAAUGGAGAAAUACAGCUUAUGUGCACUUCAGAAGGGUGGUUUCCCCAGCCCCAUGUGCAUUGGAGGGACACAGAAGGAAAGGCAAUCCCAUCAUUUUCAGAGGUCCUGACUCAAGGCAGCCAUGGACUGUUCCAUGUGGAGGCAUUUCUGUUGGUCACAAACAGCUCUGUUGUGAAUGUGACCUGCUCCAUCAGCAACCCGCUUCUUGGGGAGGAGAAAAUGGCAACUUUUUCUCUCUCAGAGUCCAGGAUGACUUUUGCAUGGAAGAUACUGCUUAUUUUGGGAUUGUUUCUUGCAGUGGCCACAGGCCUGAUCAGGAGGAAGAGCAACAGAAAAGCUAGAGAUGAGGAUAUGAUGGACAAUAUCAUCCCUGACAUUUCUACAACUUCGGUUUCAAUAGAACACUAA